AUGUUCCCCGGAGAUCGAUCACGACGUCACCGUGACCGUGGAUCCUACUCUGGAUAUCCUCCAUAUGGCUAUUACGAAGACUCUGAUGCAUACGAGAGCAUUGAGCGGUAUUCCUACGCAACACGAAAAAGCAAGAGGUACAUUUGUGCCAAACCGUGCCCGGUCUGCAAUGGUGAUUUCAGAGAGCCUUUUGAAGCACUGAGAUACUACAACCCGUUCGAGGGGGACAUGGACUUUGUGCACAAGUGUAUCAUUGCAACGGAGGCUGGUCGAUUCAUCGCAAAAGACGCAGCGGACAGAAUCGAGGAGGUGUCCAAGAUGGUCAACCGCGCAUAUGGACACAACCCAAUAUUCAAGCAGUGGUCUAGGUGUGAAAGUAGGGGCAAUACAAAAACCUCCUUGCCUUCGACAACCAGAACCAUUUCUCACGUCCAUUAUAGCACCCUAAACGAGGGUGACCAACACAACGUAGGCAAAUAUGAAGAAAGCCUCGAAGACUCAGGCUCGGGAAUGCGAUUCAUCCCCUCGUUAUCUGGAGCCGCCAACGACUGGUAA